AUGAAGUCCCGAAGGCAGCUCUUGGUGUGUGCCUUGGUUCUCGUGACUUUCACCACCAUCUACAGUCUUCAAUAUGUGCGCUCGCUUUCUAUCAGAGCGAACCAAGUCACCUACCAUAAAACGUCUCAGUUGGAGGUAUUACAGUCUCAGGGAACCCUGUCGUACGACGAACUCGUACGCAAGUUGUUAAAGGCUCUGCGUGGUGCCACAGCAUCUUCUGCGAAAAAGGCUGCUGUGCACUAUGUUGCUGCUUACGACUAUAAACAAUUGGAAAUUGACCAGCAAGAACAGGCGGCUAUGAUCAAGGAAAUGCCCGCUUCCAAGGUAUUAGAGGCCACCACCAAGUUUAACUCGGCACUCACUCAUUUUCUUGGGUCUCUUUUGCUGCUCAUUCUGGAAACGGCUCCCAUAGUCAAGGGCAUUAAUGACGACCUGCACUAUGCUGCCGCAAGGGACCAAAACAAGUUCCCUAACAGAGAAGGCCGUAUCAUGCUCUACGGAGGUCACUUGCGGGAAAAUUACCAGAGUGAACCGGUUCGAACCACUGAAAUGUUGAGUAAUUAUUUGCGUCUUCUGACAGAAGAAGUCGAUGCCCUUCGGAGCUCCCACGAUUCUUUCAUCAACAAAAUGCCGCUCACGGUUCCCAGAGAUGUCCUUGAACACUCAAAGGUGACAGGAUACAUGCAGGGUGACGGUAUUGUGUUUCUUGCUGGUGGCCGUUUCAACCAGUUGGCUCUCGUUUCCAUCAAAAUGCUUCGUGAUUUGGGCUCAAAACUUCCCAUAGAGGUGGUCAUAAAGGACUGGAACGCACUCGAUGCUCGCUUUUGUGAAGAUGUUCUUCCCUCCCUUGGUGCUAGUUGCAAAGUACUUGACCAUUUUCUCGGCCUGGACGUGGCUGGAAGAGUCAAAAGUUAUCAGCUCAAGAACCUUGCUUUGCUCAUUCUGUCGUUUCAAAGAGUACUAUAUUUGGACGCCGAUAACAUCGUCAUCAAGAAUCCUGACCUGUUGUUUGUCAACGAGCCAUUCAUUUCCACAGGCUUUGUCCUGUGGCCCGAUUUGUGGAGGCGUUCCACGUCGCCAAGCUUCUACGAUAUCGCUGAGAUUUCCGUUAAUGCCAAAAAAAGAGUCAGAAAUAGUUACUUCAAGGAUGAUCCCAAAGGCACUCAAGACCCUCCUUCAUUGCACGAUUGCGAAGGUGCAAUUCCUGAAGCAUCCAGUGAAACUGGACAGAUCUUAAUCGAUAAGAAAAAGCAUUUUUCAGCCUUAGUGCUUGCAAUGUAUUAUAAUUACCAUGGUUUCGACUACUACUAUCCCCUUCUAAGCCAGGGCGCUGCUGGAGAAGGAGAUAAGGAAACUUUCGUUGCUGCUGCUCACAAGCUUGAACUUCCCUAUUACCAAGUACAAGAAUUCAACCGUGAGUUUGGUCCUAUGACGGAGCUGAAGCAACACCAUCCGUUUGGAAUGGGUCAGUACGACCCAAUUUUGGACUUUAUCCAAUCGCAAAAUGGCGAAGGUCGAUAUUUGGGCGACUCGCUUUUUGCCCUGAGAGACACCCCUACGUGUGGCACAUCAGAUACGGAUUCAGAGACUAACAAUUAUCACUUUCAUUUGUAUGAAGCUUCUAGUCUCAUGUUUUUGCAUGCCAAUUGGCCCAAGUUAUAUUUCGCAGAGCUACUUCUACAGAAUGGUAUUGGCCGUGGACCCAUGGAGAAUGGGGUCAGAAGAAGGUUGUACGGGCCAGAAUUGAAAGCUGAAGCUGGUUACGAUUUGGAAUUGGCAAUCUCACAAGCCAUGAAUUGGUGUUACUGUGUGAUGAAUGUUGAUCUUCACGACGUUCCAUCUGUGGGCCUGGAUGAUCGUAAGGCAGGCUGUAAGCUGUUGAGGCAGCAUUUGAAGUUUUUGAAGGAGAAUUAG